CGGGAGCGCGCAGAGCGGCGACGCGCUUGGAGUUAAUUCGCCAACGCACUCAAACUUUGCCGUUAUUCUCUGUGUCGCGUGUCACGGUGUGAAGGGAAAAUAGCGAGCGACGGGCAGUUAAACGGAUUAAGACGGUCUGGCGAGAGAAAGAAUGAGAGACGUGCGAGAGAGAUAGAGAGAGUGAGGAUGAAUAAUCCAGCUAAUCCAAGCCAAUCCCAGCGUUCGGUCUUCUCUGAGAGCGCAGACAAAACACAGCGGAUCACACACACACAUCUGAUGCGCUUUAGACCCACUGUUUUGGGGGAUUUUGGGAUGCCGAAGGCCUGCAGUGGCAUUCAGAAACACUAACACAACAAAUCAGGAGAUCAUGCGUGCUAAAACUGUGGGAGGAAGAUGGUUCUGGAUGUCAUUCGUCUAAGGAAAACUCACUUUUUCUGGAGAAACAGUUUUCAGUUUGGGAGCGCAUGCAGAUUUAGAAGAGAAGAAAAACCCGGUGGAUGUUUAUAAGAGUUCUUGCAUCAUGUAAAGCAUGGAUUACGAAGGGAUUCUUUUUGAAUUGCAUGUGUUUAUGCAGAAAACUUGAUUAUCGUUAUUUAUUCCCGCUAUUAGAGACGGUGCAGUGUUUGGUGCUCACUGCAAGGUGUUUAAACUCUUGGUAAAUCCUAUUAAGCUUCUUUAGCAGGUUAUUUUUAAACUCCGGCUCGGGACAGCCAGCAGCUCACGAACCGAUGGAUCUCACACAAACACACUUUUCUCUUUACGUGGCUUUUAUUUGAAGAUGUGAUGUGUUCAACAUACGAGUAACACUCAUAACGUCUUUAAUUUGAGUGCUUUUUGUCUCAAUGAUGCUCCUAAAAACUGUUUUCAGUGACCUUUUUGCAGGUUAUUAGCAUCAGAUUGGGAUUUUUUGUAUUUUAUUUGCCUAUUAUGAAGUUUUAAUUUAAUUAUAUCACUAAAAAAACACUUUCUUAUUAGCUUAAACUACAAAUUGGUUUAAUUCGUGGCUUUAUAUUUACAUGUGUGCUUUAUUAAGCUAGCAUUAGAAAUUUCUAGCGUUUUCAGGCAUGUUUGUCCACUUUUUUUUUAGGAUUGGUUUGAAAGAUUCACAGUCAGCUGUGUUACAUUAAUCUUAUGGCAUAAAAGCGUUUGAGUGUUUAAAAGCUCAGUCUGAAGCGAUCUGUUGCUCAAAACUUGCUGAGAGAUCUAUCUGUUGUUAAAAACUAGCUUAGAUCGCUGUUCGCGAUUAAAACUAGCUUAAUUACCACCUGCAGUUCAAAGCUAACCUAGAAACCUAGCAUCUGCUGUUGAAAACUAGCUUAGAGCGCUGUUUACGAUUAAAAACUAGCUUAAGCACCACCUGCAGUUCAAGGCUAACCAAGAAACCUAGCAUCUGCUGUUGAAAACUAGCUUAGAGCGCUGUUUACUAUUAAAAACUAGCUUAAGCACCACCUGCAGUUUAAAGCUAACCUAGAAACCUAGCAUCUGCUGUUGAAAACUAGCUUAGAGCACCAUCUGUUAUUUUACCUUCAUUUAAUAUUCAUUAUUAGCAUCAUUUAUCUUCCUGUUAGACUGAUUUAUAAUAUGAGCAUUAGACAUUUUCGUAGCCUUUUUAUAGGCAAUUAGUUACUGAAUCUAUUUUAAGGAUUAUUUGACUCAUGUCUUUUGGAUCUUUUUGACCGAUUAUUUGACAUUUACUUUUCAUCAUUCUGUUGCAAAUACAUUCGGCAUUGGAUUAUAUUGGACAAACAUCAUCAGAACCUUGCUACAUAUUAUUUACUGAGAUUUCAUUUAUUUAUAUUGUGGAUCACCAUAUUGUCUGGCCAUGAGUCUGGGAAAGCUGCCGGCGAUUAAAGGCUUGGUGUCCACAUCUCAGAGCAGACGGCGCUUUAAGAGCGAGCUGUCGGUGGACAUGAUCAGUCCUCCGCUCGGAGACUUCCGCCACACCAUGCACGUGGGCCGCGGCGGAGACGUUUUCGGCGACACCUCGUUCCUGAGCAACUAUGGCGGCUCCGGGCACAGCGAUGGCCAGCGGUGUCCAGAUUCACCGUCAGGCUCCAAAACGACUCGGUUUCUGUCGCGAACUCUUCAGCACGUGCGGAAGACGCCUGCUCCCAGGCCGAGAGGAGGGUCCCGGGACUUCUCUUCACCGCCGCCACCGAUCUCACCCAUCAUCAAAAACGCCAUCUCCCUGCCUCAGCUCAACCUGAGCAACGGCGGCCUGAUGAAGGCCAUUCUGCACACCUCCACCAGCUCUCCAGACCGCCCGCUCUGCUCCUACGGUCUUCCGUCUGGUUUCGUCACGCUGCCUCGUUUCUCUCGACUGGACCAGAGCUUUGCAGAAGCGCCUGAAUCACCCCGUACUGACAGUCGACGCAGCAGCGAGGUGUCAUUGUCGCCAUCUGAUUCUCUGUCAUCUUUCACAGUGGACCUCGGCCCCUCCCUCAUGACUGAGGUUCUGGAGAUGAUUGACAACUCCUGCUGCCUCCUGAAGAGCCGCGAGGAAGAGGAUGAGGAGCAGCGGAGCGCAGGGUCUGACAGGGAAAAUCAGCUGUCCGACGACUCAGUGCGACGUUCGGUCACAGCAGACGUAGCCAUCGAGCCCAGGAGGUUCCAACAGGCUGCUAGCAUGCUAGCACGACACUUUGGAGGAAGAUCUGAAGAGGAGCGGCAGAGGCCUUCAUCUUUUAGACACACGAGGACGCCGUACAGCUUCACUGAGACAGAGGAAGAAAUCAAAGUAUGAGCGGCAGGAAUUGAAGAGCUGUGACAUUACAAAUACAGUUAAUUUAGCUUUAAGAGGUUCUUCAUUUGGGCGACACGGUGGCUUAGUGGUUUGCACUGUCACUGGAAGGUCACUGGUUCGAGCCCUGGCUGGGUCAGUUGGCAUUCCUGUGUGGAGUUUGCAUGUUCUCCUCGUGUUGGCGUGGGUUUCCUUCAGGUGCUCUAGUUUCCCCCCACGCUCCAAAAACAUGCGUAUAGGGGAAUUCAUGAACUAAAUUGGCUGUAGUGUAUGUGUGUGAAUGAGUGUGUAUGGGUGUUUCCCAGUUCUGGGUUGCAGCUGGAAGUGCAUCCGCUGCAUAAAACACAUGCUGGAUAAGUUGGUGGUUCAUUCCACUGUGGCGACCCCUGAUAAAUAAAGGGACUAUGCUGAAAAUAAAAUGAAUGAGUGAAUGAUCUUCAUUUUAGGUCCACUUUAAAUUAGUUUUGGAGUUUAAAAUGGAGAUUUGUGGACGUUAAAAGGACCUGAGUGAGAGCUGUUGUACAGUAUGAGUGAGAGCUGCAUGGAGUUUUUACUAGCAUUAAUCUGAUGGAUGAUUAAACUUUUACAUGCUGUUAAAUUUGGAAUAAAUUGUAUUCAAAGAAUCUGCCCUGUACAUAUGUUCACAAGUACAUUAUUCUUAUAUGAUUAUAUAUAUGUGCAUGCACUAACAGUAAAAUGAAACUAAUAAACAGGAUUUCUAUAUACAUAGAUCUGUCUGAUCGUAACAUUUACAUUAACAACAGGUAUAAGCUGAUUUAUACUUUGGUCUACUUUUAAACUUAUAAAUGUAUUUCAGUGCACAUAUGUGUAAUUUAUAUUAAUCACAUGAAUGAUGUUCAUAUUUGCAGGACACACACACACACACACACACACACACACACACACACUUGUAAACAAUUACAAUAAAGAUAUUUUCAGGAGAGGACUACGGUCA